AUGUCGUGGAGAAAUCAGGGCAUCACAGGUUCGAACAAUAUUCCUCUUGGCAGCCGCCGACGAUUUGCGGCCGAUGGCGAUGGCGAUGGCGAUGUGACUCCCGAUCGCGACUUGAAGCGCGGUCGUGACCCUGAACCCCGAUCGGCCGAACCCAGCGGCCCUCGACAGCGCAAAAAGCGCAACCGUUGGGGAGAUGCAUCAGAGAACAAGGCAGCCGGCCUGAUUAAUCUUCCUACUGCCAUCACGUCUGCUAUGACCAGUGAACAGCUCGAAGCUUAUACUCUACAUCUCCGUAUCGAAGAAAUCAGCCAGAAGCUCCGUAUUGACGAUGUUGUGCCCGCCGACGGCGACAGAUCGCCUUCGCCUCCUCCCCAGUACGAUAAUCAUGGUCGCCGUGUCAACACUCGCGAAUACCGCUAUCGCAAGCGCCUCGAAGACGAACGACAUAAGUUGAUCGAAAAGGCCAUGAAAACUAUUCCUAACUACCAUGCACCGCAAGAUUAUCGUAGACCUACCAAGACGCAGGAAAAGGUCUACGUACCUGUCAACGACUACCCAGAGAUUAACUUCAUCGGCUUACUUAUUGGCCCUCGUGGCAACACUCUGAAGAAAAUGGAGACGGAGUCCGGCGCCAAGAUUGCCAUUCGCGGCAAAGGAUCCGUCAAGGAAGGCAAGGGUCGAUCUGACGCGGCUCAUUCUAGCAAUCAGGAAGAGGACCUUCACUGCCUGGUCAUGGCUGACAACGAGGACAAAAUCAACAAAGCCAAGCAGCUGAUUCACAAUGUCAUUGAGACAGCCGCCUCCACGCCCGAGAACCAGAACGAGCUCAAGCGUAACCAGCUUCGAGAGCUUGCUGCGCUCAACGGCACCCUGCGAGACGACGAAAACCAGGCCUGCCAGAACUGUGGUAAGAUUGGCCAUCGUAAAUACGAUUGCCCAGAGAAGCAGAAUUACACGGCCAGCAUUAUAUGCCGAGUCUGUGGUAACGCAGGCCACAUGGCUCGCGACUGUCCUGAUAGACAGCGAGGUGCCAGCUGGCGUAACGACGGCGGACGUGCCGUUGGCAAAGUUGGCGCCGGCGACGGUAUUGACCGCGAAUACGAACAACUUAUGCAAGAACUUGGCGGUGGUACUGGUCCCCCUGCUCGUAUCGAAGCCGGUCCUGGUGGCGGCGACGAGGCAGAUGCCAGGCCUUGGCAGAGAGGAGCGACUGGAGGCCCGGCACCUUGGAGAUCCCGCCGCGACGAUAGAGAUGCGGGUAGCGGACCCUCGGGCGGACCCGCUCCUUGGGCCCGUGAUCGCAAUCGUGGACAGGAUAAUUAUGGCGAUAGCUGGAACGCUGGAGGUCGUGAAGGGGCCGGCGCUGCCCCCCCCUGGCAGCAACAACAGCCCGCUACAGCGUACGGUCAAACAGAUGCGGGCUACGGAGCCUAUGCCGGCUAUGCUGGGUAUGCCGCCAAUGGCUACGGAUCUGCGCCUGGCAUGGCUCCUCCUGGAGUGUCGAAUGGUGAGGGUGGUCUCGAUGCGCCCCCGGGCCUCGCCGGUCUUAGUUCGUUGAUUCAGCAGUAUUCUGGUGGCGGCGCGCUUCCUCCUCCCCCUCCUCCCAGCGACGGACCGCCUCCUCCUCCUGGUCCGCCGGCCGACCAGCCACCUCCACCUCCUCCCCCCCCUGCGUAA